AUGUCGCUCGAAUCUCCUGGUGUAUUGAGCCACUUAACAUCGUGGCUCACUAGCUUUGAGCUACAGUCGAUGCGUGCUCUGAGUCGCAAUUUAUACGCUGCAGUUCCACGACACACAUGGGAGCUCACUGUGCGCAAUAUCAGUAGUUCCGAGUCAAUGAGUCACUUGUCCACGGUUUUCCCGAACGUGUGGUGUCUGCGAGUCCAAGAUGCACUUCUGGACGAGAUGCCGACAAUAAAGUCGCUUGUACCAUGGCUGAACAAAUGCUGGAAGUUAAGAAAAUUGAUGCUAACCAGAGUGACCUACAUAAGCGUAUUCAAUCUGCAUCUUCUGGCCGAGGAGCUCACAAUGGUCGCUAUUCGUGAAUGCUAUCAGGUACAAGAACCAGCUAUUGUUGCACCAAAUCUCAAGACAUUAGUCAUCAAGCAUUGCCCUAUGACACAGUUUCACUCUGAUACGAGCUUGCCACAGCUCAAGACUUUGUCAUUAUCCUCGCGAAAGUUUACAGCGCUGCAGGCGCAACACUUGAUCAAGGUGACGCUCCUUGGAUCUCCUGCAUUAGAAAGUCUGAUCCUUGCUGGCUGCUCACAGCUUGAACAGAUGCUGGUGGACUCAACCGACCUCCCAUCUCUACACCAACUCGACCUCAGUAGCUGUGCGCAGCUCGUGCGAGUGCACGUGACAUCUAAGAUGCUCGAGCACCUCGAUCUCUCGUGCAAUGACAACUUGCAGUACUUGGUGGCAGAUCUCGAGCAUGUGGUGGACCUCGAUCUAUCGUUCCUCAAGAGUCUCACAUACUUGCGUAUCCGAUCAUCUUCAUUACGACGAUUGAAUCUUCGAGGCUGCAAUCAUCUGAUGCCAAACACCAUGAACAUCCAUUGCCCCAAUUUACAGUUUGUAGUUGUGCAGGGCACUUCGAUAGUCGUCGAGGACUUGAACAAGACGGAAUGCAGUGACAAGAUGUUUCUCUUACCAGAUACGGCAUAG